AUCCCCACCAAACCCCCCACCCCCAACUCCCUCCUCCUCGAACUCCACAUCUUCAACGGCCACCCCUUCAAAGACCACUGGGCGUAUUGGAUCCCCUCCCCGAGCGAUCCCAACAUCGGAGUCAAGAUCCAUGCAACAGGGGACAUGCGAAACGGAUUCAUCUUCGAGAUCAAACGCAGUCAUAACCUCCGCACGAGUCCUGAUAUACCCACUAAACGAAUCCCGUUGCAGUGGUUGGAUGAGCGGUAUAUUGAUGAGAAGGCGAUAUUUAAUGAUGGAGUGGAGAAGAUUGAUUAUCGUCCGGUUUGUGGGUUCGAGGAGAUGUUGUAUGGAGUGGAGGUACCGGGGAAGACGUUGAAUAGUGUUGCUGAUGGUGGUGAGGAGAUGGGGAAGGGGAGGGCUCGGAGGAGGGUCGUGCAGAGGGAUUGUCAGACUUGGAUUGUGGAAUCUGCGGACAGGUUGGUGAGGGAGGGGGUUGUAGGGAGGGAGGGGGCGGAGUUUGUUUGGGGGGUGAAGCAGUGA